AUGUCUUUAAAUUCUCAAUAUAAUCAACCAGUAUUUAAUCCUGCUGAAUUAGAAAGCAUUAUUCUUGCAACUUCUCCUGAUACUUUUUCUCCUAUAAAUAGACUUGAAAAUUCUUUAUCUUUAUCUUUACAAGAAUAUUUAAAUAAUUAUCUUCUUCCUGCAACUCAGGAUAAUGCAACAUUAGAUGAUAUUAAAAAAGCAUUACAUGGUGAAAUAACUAAUUAUGCAGCUGAAGGUUUUCCAAUAUUUCCACAUAUUAAUUUUUCUGAGUUUAAAUUAGACCAUCCUAGAAAAAUAUCAUUUAGAUAUGAUAUUGACUCCUUUUUAUUAACUACAUAUAAUUUAAAAAUUAUUAAAAAAUCUAUUAAAUUUUUUUGUUUUACAAAUGUUUUCUGGAAUUUAAAUCGCCAUAAUCAUGAAUAUUGUUAUGUUCUGGUUAAUAACAAUAUUAGAAAACAUGUCAAAUUAGUUAAUGUACCACAUUUUCAAUUUGCUCAGUUUGGUGAUAAUGGUGUUUUUAAAAUUUUAAUUUUUUUUCCUUCAAAAUAUACUGAUGGUUCUAGAAAUAGUUUUUUACAAAAUGAAGUAUUAGCUAUUUGGUAUGAUGAAAUAUUUAUACCUUCAUUAAAAGAAAUUCAUUGCCCAUUAGAUAUUUUACAUCAUUAUCCUUCUACUUUUAGAGCUUAUUGUCUUAAAUCAAAAAAUGAUUCUGGCUAUUAUAAUCAUUCUUCUUAUAGUCUUCCUAAUUCAUUUUUAUUCCCACUUACAGAAACAAUGAGGGCCAAAAUUAGAUCUAAUGAUAAUUUAAAACAAUUUGAACAUUUUUUUUAUCAUAUUUAUGCUAAAAACCUUAAACUUGAUACAAAAUUUUAUGAAUUUAAAGAGAUAAAUGAAGCUAUAUCUUUUAUAGAUAAUAAUUUUGAUACAACUAAUAAUAUUAGCUGGAAAAAUGCUGCUAAAAUAGAUUUUGGCAUUGAAUUUAUGCCUACUGGAUAUAAUCAACCUAAUUCUGUUUAUUGGGCAAGAAAUUCAGCUAUAAAUCUUUUAAAAGGACUCGGUACAAUAUUUACAACAAAUACUACACUUUCAAGAAUUGAUAAUUUUCUUCAUACAUAUGAGCUUGCUGGUGGAUCUGGUGAAGCUAAAGAAAUUGGUAAAAGAAAUCAUAUAUAUUAUGCACAGGUGUAUAAUGUUGAAAAGGAAGCAUUUUCAGCUGCAACAACUACACUUCUAAAAAAAUUAAAUGAAAAUAAUGCUAUAAAACAUCCUACAAAAAUCAAUAAAGUUUGUGAAGCUUCUAUUGAAAUCUUGAAUGAAAUUGUUAAUACAAAUUUUGGUGCUAGAGCAGAAUAUAGAAUUAUAUAUGAGAAUCUUGUUCCAUUUGUUGCUAAACUAGAAAAUAGAGUAUAUAAUUUUUUAUAUUCUAAACCUUUCUAUAUUAUUCCUACUAAGUUAGUAUCGAAUUUAAAAAUUGCUAAAUUAAAAACAUUCAUAAAUGCAUAUAAUCUUUCCUUUCAUCCUAUACCUGAUCUUCUCACUUCUAAACAUGAAGCAUUUAGAAUUUCUUUACUAUAUCUAAUGAAAACCAUUAAUCAAAGUUUUGAUGCAUUACCUUUUAUUACAAAAUAUUUUGGAAAUUCAGAUCUCGAUAAUGAAAAUAAUAUUGGAACUUUAGAAAUGCAUAGAAUAAUGAAACAAGCUAAUACAGCUUGGUUAUUAGAUAUUUUUAAUAUUGAUAGUUUAGAUUUAAUUUGGAUACAAUUUAUUCAAGAUUGUAUUAAUGCAAUACCCGAAAGAUAUAAAAUACAGGAAUUUAGCUCACCAGAAUUAACUUUAGCUACUCUAAAUACAAAUUUAACUUCAAGUAAUUAUAAAAUAUUUAAAUUAAGUGACCGUAAACGUAAAACUGGUACUCAUACAGUACAAGCUCGAUUUGAUAUGUAUUUUAAUCAUGAAAAAGAUUUAACAGUUAAACAAAAAAAUGAGCAAAAAUGGAUAAAUAAAUAUUUAGAUGUUUAUCAAUUUGCUUAUUUACAUCUUAAAGAUAUUAAUAGUAAAUUAGUUGAAUUUAGAACAAAAUUACUUGAUAAAUUUAAACAACAACAAUAUUUACCAGUAGCAGAAAAAAAUGGCAAAUUUUGUGUUAGUAAAAAUGAUAAAGUUCAAAUUCUUGACAUGACUAUAUAA